GUUCAGCUGAUGCCUCAGUUCACGUGACCCUCGCACCGGGCGAACAUGGCGGCGGCCGCCGGACCCUCAUUCUGGCUGGGGAACGAGACCCUGAAGGUGCCGCUGGCGCUCUUUGCCCUGAACAGGCAGCGGCUGUGCGAGCGGCUGCGGAAGAGCCCGGCCGUGCGGGCCGGCUCCGUCGUGGUCCUGCAGGGCGGGGAGGACGCGCAGCGCUACUGCACCGACACCGGGAUCCUCUUCCGCCAGGAGUCCUUCUUCCACUGGGCAUUCGGUGUCACCGAGCCAGACUGCUACGGCGCCAUCAGCGUUGACACCGGGAAAUCAACCUUGUUCGUGCCCAGGCUUCCUGCCAGCCAUGCCACGUGGAUGGGAAAGAUCCACUCCAAGGAGCACUUCCAGCAGAAGUACGCCGUGGACGACGUCGAGUACACCGAUGAGAUUGCCAGUGUCCUGAUGUCACGGCAGCCCUCUGUCCUCCUCACAUUGCGCGGCGUCAACACGGACAGCGGCAGCAUCUGCAGGGAGGCCUCCUUCGAGGGCAUCAGCAAGUUCAAUGUCAACAACACCAUUCUUCACCCAGAGAUCGUUGAGUGCCGCGUGUUUAAGACGGACAUGGAGCUGGAGGUUUUGCGUUACACCAAUAAAAUCUCCAGCGAGGCCCACCGGGAGGUAAUGAAGGCCGUAAAAGUGGGAAUGAAAGAAUAUGAGCUGGAAAGCCUCUUCGAGCACUACUGCUACUCCCGGGGCGGCAUGCGCCACAGCUCCUACACCUGCAUCUGCGGCAGUGGCGAGAACUCGGCUGUGCUGCACUACGGACACGCCGGGGCCCCCAACGACCGGACGAUCCAGGACGGAGACAUGUGCCUGUUCGACAUGGGUGGGGAGUAUUACUGCUUCGCUUCCGACAUCACCUGCUCCUUUCCCGCCAACGGCAAGUUCACCGCGGACCAGAAGGCCAUCUACGAGGCGGUGCUGCGCAGCUGCAGGGCCGUCAUGGGCGCCAUGAAGCCAGGAGUCUGGUGGCCUGACAUGCACCGGCUGGCCGACCGCAUCCACCUGGAGGAGCUGGCCCGCAUCGGCAUCCUGAGCGGCAGCGUGGACGCCAUGGUCCACGCCCACCUGGGAGCCGUGUUCAUGCCUCACGGGCUCGGGCACUUCCUGGGCAUCGACGUGCACGAUGUGGGCGGCUACCCAGAGGGCGUGGAGCGCAUCGACGAGCCGGGCCUGCGCAGCCUGCGCACCGCGCGGCACCUGGCGCCGGGCAUGGUGCUCACCGUGGAGCCCGGCAUCUACUUCAUCCACCACCUCCUGGACGAGGCCCUGGCCGACCCCGCCCGCGCCUGCUUCUUUAACCGCGAAGUCCUGCAGCGCUUCCGUGGCUUUGGCGGGGUACGCAUCGAGGAGGACGUCGUGGUGACCGACAGUGGCAUGGAGCUGCUGACCUGCGUGCCCCGCACCGUGGAUGAGAUUGAAGCGUGCAUGGCAGGCCGAGAGAAGGCCUCUACGCCCCUCUCUGGUCCCCAGUAGAGCCAGCCGGGAAGGCCCAGCGGGCCUGGGGCCUGGCCUUGCAGCCUCUCCUCACCGUGACUAGCCUGCGGACGGGCCUUCCACCGGAGGAGACGGUGCUCAGAAAUCAGAUCCGGCAUCCACAUCUGAUCACACCAAGUACUGCUGUUUCCUAGGGAGGAAACACUCUUUUUUUAAAAUUAACGUCCUGCAAGAUCACACCCUUAAUCUGUUGUGUACCUUGCUCAAAUGACCAUGACUUAAAAUGCUGAUCGCAUAUAACCCUGUUCUUUAGUAGCAACUAACAUGUGCCUUGCUGUCAUUUACAUUCCUUUUCAAAGAAAAAGAUGCAUUUCCAGUGUUUUCUCUCGAAAAUCAAUAUGCAGAAUGGAAUUUACAAUAAACAGUUUCCUAAAGUG